AUGACUGCAGAGCUCUACUGGCCUCAAAAGGUCUAUCCUGUCACGGCAGAGGACGCGAACCACCACAAGCGCGUCCUCUUCGUGUGUCCCUUGACCCCAGCCAUCCUCCAAGACCCCACCCCACUCCUCCACCCUCUUGGCUACGCUGCAAGCCAGGCGACCGAAAGAUGCAUCGUGCUCUUCUCGACGCCAAACGGACCGCAACUGUAUCCCGAACUCCAGGCUGCGCCGAAGCAGCACUUUGCCGCCCUUAGUCGAUUCCUCGCGCAGGUGUACUCCGUGUUGGCAGCGGGCCAGUGGGACGCCGGCCGGCCGCUCACCGACGUCGAAGUGCGCUUCGACGGCGAAGACGGCGACUGGGCGCUCAAGCUCGGCUCACCAACCUUUGUGAUCGGGUUUGAGGGCCUGGCAGCCGACAUUGUGGCCAAGGCUGCCCCGAACCUCUCCAAGGAGGACCGGCGCUUCGUCCAGAUCGAGCCGGAGCUCGAGCAGCUCGUUAGGAAUCCCGGUACGAUUUCCACGGUCUCUGAGCCCGGGUAUCCCGUCGCCGCGAUGGGAGGGACGUUUGACCAUCUCCACGCGGCGCACAAGCUGCUCCUCCACAUGGCGUUGUUCGCGACGGAGCAGCGCCUCAUUGUCGGAGUCAUGGCUGACCGGUUGCUCGCAACUAAGAGCCACGCGGACGUACUCGAGGGCUUGGACACGCGUCUUGGGGCCGCGGCGGCAUUCCUGCGCCGCUGUGGUGGCGACGCGCGCGGCGUGGUUCUCGACGUCGUCGAGAUCCACGACGCUCUGGGUCCUACUGCCUGGGACCCCGAAGUAUCUCUGCUCGUCGUGAGCAAAGAGACACUGGGCGGGGGCAACUAUGUCAACCGCAUUCGUGGGGAGAAGGGAUUGAGCAUCCUCGACAUGCUUGCGAUCGACGUGAUUAGCUCCGAGUUUGCGCAUGACAAGAGAAGCACGCGUGACCUCAGUGCGGUGGACGACGCACAACUCAAGGACGCCAAGAUGGGAAGCACAGGCAUCCGCGAGUUUAUUGCGCGGCAAAAGCAGGCUUAG